UCUCUCUCUCUCUCGCUGUAUGUGUGUGUCAAAAUAUUCAAAGUAACAAAACAAACCUUUUCAAAGGUACGAAUAGCUUUGGACCAUAUUAAGUUUAUUUCACAUAUAUUAUAGGUCAAUGCAGUUUUGUCUUUGCCUGUACAGUAAUUGUCUAUUAAUGUCCUAUGUGUGUGGGGUUUAAAUGUUUGUGUGGACCCCAGAAAGUGAAGCUGCUGCUUGGAUCCUAAUAAAAUACUGAGAUCACCCUCUUUGAAACAAAUGGCUCCCCCUUUAAACAAAGGAGGCAAAUAGACACAUACAGUCAUAAGGUCACGUGUUCCCUAAAAUGUUUUCAUGAUGACAAAAACGUGUUAUUAUUUGGCGUAUAUCCUUUUGAAUCAGGGAGAACAAAAAGUCGUUGUUUAUUGACCGAUUACUCUUUUGUGAGAAACGUUAUGAUAAGUACACAAUACCACUAUAUGGAAUGACCCAGGGUCCAGAUGAGUGAAGUUAUGAUUAAAUUCAAACCACCUAUCUCCCUACUGCAUCAUCAGUACAAACCAAUUUCAAUUUACAUACAGCCACAAGUAAGGGACCAAACGAACACACACAUACACAGACAGACUCUAAACACACAAGCGUCCUGCAUUGUUACUCAAGGUUACAUUACAUGCAGAUUUCAGAAUGCUGGUUAAAUUUGCUUCGUAAGAUGACAUUUAAACAUACAACCAUCACAAAACAAUGAAAUCCCAUUUGAAUACUUCAUCUAAUUCCUACUCUGAAAGAAAAUUAACCGUUGUUAGAACGGUAACUGUAAGAUAGCCAAAUAAACAUUAUUUUUGUUUUUAAAAAUCUGUUUAUUGUGAAGUAGAGACAAUUUAUAUACAUGUUAUUGUGCAAAGGGUAUGUUAUGUACAAGCCUAAUUGCGCACUACAAUUUGACACUAAAAUUAAACGUUGUUCUAGUAAGUUGUGGGUGGUGAUCACGCAAACUGCGUAUAUCCUACAAAGUCCUUAAACAUUCAUAUUUUGAUUGUAAAUAUAAUAUUUCGUAUUGUUGACAUUCUUAUUAUUAACAUGACAUAUCGUAUGGUUAAAUUAUUAGUUUUAGAAUGUAAGGCUGAAUUUCAUUUCUAAAGAGAUUAUGGAAUUAUGGAGAGGCGGGGAAAUCAAUCAAAUCAGUGAGGACACAUUUUACCCCUAGCCUGUAGUGGUUGCUAAAGGAAUCACUCCUUUCUCCAUAUUAUAUUAAGCCGCGUUCAGAAGCUAAUGGUGUUUUUGGAAGCUCGUAGUUCCUGAUGAGAUAUUUUACUUGAGUCACCCGCCGAGUCAUACUUACACGUGGGGGAAAUAAUCUUGACUGGAUUUAUCCCAAAUCUCUCCGCUUGAUGGCGCCCUUGCACCUCGCAAAUGCCCAUUUGCCUACCAACUUGACCGCGCCUACGUCACCUUGGACUGUAGCAUCAAGGCCACUUCCACGCCGCUAUUGGUCUGAAAAUCACAUGACAUGGAGCUUCAAGAAUCCAUAAUUGUGUUACUGAUUUUUGGCCCCCAAAAGAUGUCAGUGUCCUACUGUCCUUAUUCUUCUCGAGAAACCCGUUACCACAGGAACACAAAGGAACAACACCAACAAUAAUAAUAAAAAAAAAAAAUGUCAUGCCAGGAUGACUUGUCUGCGGGUCAUUUCCUUAUGGAUUCUUUGAUGGGAGGAUCAUCAUCUUCCUAUAGAGGCGAAGGCUACUGCAGCAGCAACCCUGGAAUGUACAUCCACUCCGCUGCUUCUGAGUAUGGAUGCUCAGUGAUGAGACAUUUUGGAGUAGUUGGAUCGUCCCUCUCCAAAAAAGACGAGGUUCCUCCCAAUAGUCACCCCCUUGGCUACCAAGUCGCGCCUUACCUGUCGUCCCAACGGGGCACUUGGACAUCGGUUUCUAAAACUAAUAUCGACGAGCAACCUGUUGCCCAGUCCAGUUUACAACCGGGUUCGUUCUCGACCGACAACGUAAAAGAGGAGGCGUACUGUUGUUUGUAUCAGGCUGACAGUAGCAGCAGGGCUAACAACGACAGUGCAGAGUCGUCUACUUACAUCCGGCUUGGGGACAAAAGCAGCAGUCAGACGGAUCCAACCGCGCUCUCAGUAGCGUCCGAAUGUUACGGUGGAAUGAGACAGGUAUACCCCGGAGAAAGCACCGGACAGCAAGAGGAUCAGUUCGGCUUUGCUUCUUUGACCCAGGUGACGACAUCUGUUGAAUCACGGGGAGAAUUAACUGAUGAAAUGAACAAACCGAACCAGGAAACACUUAGCGAGGAAAUUAGUAUCGAAGAUGAAGAUCAGCGAAAGAGUAAGAAAGAUGAGGGUGGGAAGACAGACAGUUGUUCUGAUAACUCCGACAGCGAAUUGAAAGGUGAUUUUACGUUGGAGAAUGCUUCAGGAAACUGGUUGAAGGCCAAAAGUGGACGAAAGAAGAGAUGCCCGUAUACAAAGCAUCAGACACUGGAGCUGGAAAAAGAGUUCUUGUUCAACAUGUAUUUGUCUCGUGAGCGCCGCCUGGAGAUCAGUAAGAGUAUCGAUCUGACCGAUAGACAAGUCAAGAUCUGGUUCCAGAACCGAAGAAUGAAACUCAAGAAACUCAACAGAGAAUGUCGUGGUCGGGAUCAUUUUACGGCAGUCUAUAACUUCACCUGAUAUCAUAUUAAUUAUUACAACCC